AUGUCCCGCCAUAUCCUAUCGACCUUCUUCUAUGUGUCCAAGACGAGCAAGAACGGCCAGAUGCGAGAUGCGUGCGUCCAGUACAUGCUCAUCCUGCUCAAGCACUGGACGUUCGCGCACUUGGAUACAUACCGCGGGCAGAUCCAAGACUUUAUUGCGGUAGCUAUUCUUCGAAGCAAACGCGCGUGCUGA